CCGUCAUUGGGCUAAAGUGACUUCCGGACACAAAGAUUUUAUAGUGACCCCAAAUUCAGGGAACCAAAUAGUCACUAUAUCCAUGCGUGACCUGUAAAAGAUGGAUGCUGGUGGUGUGCUGAUGAGGAUGACGACGGUGCUGGCGCUGAUGGCGGCGCUGAUGAUGAUGGCGAUAGUGACGACGACGACGAUGAUGACGGAGGCUGCGCCGACGUGUGGGUUUGAGCAGCUGGCAGAGCGCGGUGGCCGAACACGGCGGGAUAUUGUGAGCGGGCUGACGCCCACGGUGGAUAGCCGCUUCGCGUUUCCCUCGGACGACAGCUCCGCCGAUGUUGCACCCAGCAAAUGCACGGUCAAGGACGAUGUGGCCAGCAUCUUCGGCAUUGGCUAUUCGGAGUGCUACAGCCCAGAGGUCACCGCACACUACUCAAACCUCGAGUCAUGGCCAGACACCACUCUCAAAGUCAAGUUCAAGACCAUCACAAACGACACCGGGACCGGGUUUGUGACACAGGACGACUUUGAGCACGCCCUUGGCCUGCUCAACUCAUCGUACGCCAACGCAGGCAUCUCCUUCACUGGCGACGCAGACUUUGUGGCGAGCCAAACCAUCUUUGAUUCCAUGGUGAACACGGCGGGGUACACGUCCUCCAACCUGUUCGGUGUGCUGGAUCCGUUGUCGCAAGUGCUGGGCAUCGACCAAGACCUUGAAACGCGCGAUGUACACUCGUACAUUGUCGUCCUCAAACUUGACAUGUCGGAGAUUGUCGGCGUCUGUGUGCCUGAGACGGGCAUGCUUUCUGCCCGCGCGCAAGUGUUGAAGGAUGCGAGUGGCGUCCCCGAUUGGUGGGGAAAUAUCUGCUUCCUCGACUACAGGUGGUUCAGCGUCCGCGGCAUCAAUGCGCUUGCCGAUGCGCGCUCCAACGGGCUAUACACAAUCCACGAGAUGGGCCACUCGCUCGGCCUCCUCCACACGUUCCAGGCCGCUGCGUACAAGUUUGCCAACGGCGCGUGUGUUGCCCCAGAUUACGUCGGCUCUUCAUGCUUCGCGGAGGAUGACUCGUUUGAGAACGGCGAUUACAUUGCGGACACGGCGGUGAUGGUGUCAAGCACGGUAGCCUCUCCGGGUGGCAGCAUCUUCGACAACGCCACAUGCAUGGCCGGUCCCCGCUACCCGGGACACUGCAACGGCAACCCGUUUGCGUGA